CACCACCACCACUGUUACUAUUACCACCAACGUCACCAACAAAAUCCUAUAAGAGUCCAUCCUCAAUGCCCAUCACAAAUAGUUACACUGGUAUUAUCUUCAGGAUGCAGAUUUUAAGAGUAACAUUAUUACUUGUGAUUGUUUGGGCUGCAAUUUUAUCAAUUGCAGUUGAUGCCCAAGAUGAAGUACCAGAACAACAAAAAGAACUAGAACGAACAGAUAGAAGUAUAUCAAAUGAACAAGAACAACUUAAAAGACCAAAACGUGGUUUGUUAUUGGCAAAAGCUGCUCUACUUGGUGGAGGAGCAAUUCUUGCUAAAAAAGCACUAAUUGGCAAAGGUCUAGUUCUUGGAGCAGCUCUUUAUCACAAAAAAGGAUAUGGAGGCGGUGGUUAUGGUCAUGGGUAUGGUAGUGGUUAUGGUCAUGGUUAUGGUCAUGGUUACGGUGGUAAUUAUGGUCAUGGAUACGGAAAUGGAUAUGGAAAUGGAUAUGGAUAUGGCAACAGAGGUGGAUAUGGAGGAUACCGAGGUGGUGGAUUUAGUGGUGGAUAUGGUGCCCAUAUUUACAAAUCAAUUUCAUAUCAGCCAUCAUCUGGCUGGUCCAGUUACAACAGCGGCUGGCAUUAAUCAUUGAUGAUGAUAAUUAUUAAUAAAAAAAUAAUUGGAAGAAGAAAAUCAUAAAAGUCUGCAUCAUCAAAAAUCACAAUUUAAACUAUUGUUUUUCAUUAAUUGUCAUUUUAAAAUUAUGUAAAAAUAAAUUUAAUAAUAAAAAAAAAAAAAAAAAAACGUAAAAA